AUGGCCGCCUCCACCAUGUCUGUCUGCUCUGACGCUUGCACCAACUCCUCCUGGCAGGUGGAUGACUGCCCAGAGAGCUGCUGUGAGCCCAGCUGCUCUGCUCCCAGCUGCUGUGCCCCAGCCCCCUGCGUUACUCUUGUCUGUACCCCAGUGAGCUGUGUGUCCAGCCCCUGCUGCCAGUCUUCCUGCACACCAUGCUGCCAGCCGUCUAGCUGCCAGCCCUCAUGCUGUCAAUCCUCCUGCUGUGUGCCACUUUGCUGCAAGCCUGUCUGCUGUACACCCAUCUGCUCUGGAUCCCCAUGCUGCCAGCAGUCUAGCUGCCAGCCCUCAUGCUGCACCUCCUCACCCUGCUGUCUGACUCUUUGCUGCAAGCCUGUCUGCUGCACACCCAUCUGCUCUGGGUCCUCCUCAUGCUGCCAGCAGUCUAGCUGCCAGCCCUCAUGCUGCCAGCCAUCCUGCUGUGUGCCUGUCUGCUGCAAGCCUGUCUGCUGCAAGCCCUGCUCCAGCGUGUCCCUGCUCUGCCGCCCUGUGUGCAGACCUGCCUGCUGUGUGCCCACCUCCUCCUGCUGUGCCUCCUCCUGCCAGCCCAGCUGCUGCAAGCCCUGCUCCAGCAUGUCCCUGCUCUGCCGCCCUGCCUGCUCCAGCCAGGCCUGCUGUGGCCUCUCCUCAGGCCAGAAGUCCAGCUGCUGCUGA